GCUUUCUCUGGGCCAUUAACGCUUCACACAGCCAGCGCUUAUCGAUGGAACAACCCCGGCGUUCGUCUUUGCAUAAACCAGCCCAAGAUCUGCAUUCUGCGUCUAGACCGACUACUCUUUCACCGCGCUUCUCCCGUCGCGGCACCUCGUCAGCGCAACUUUCAAAAGGCAAUUUGCAGGACGUUCCGACGUCCUCUGAACCUCGCCCUCAAAUCGAACUGCGUGCGGACUCACUGAAAGAAUCUGUAGCGCUGCACUGUAGGUUUGCCCUUCAAGGGGCAAAGGAUGCAUUUGCUUGGCCAGCGUCGCUUAUCUCUAUCUAUGGGUCCAAGACGAUACAGAUCAACACCUUCAAAUGCUUCCUAUUAAAUGGACUUAUCUUUCUUGGUUCCAUUUUCCUCUUUGAUUACGCCAUCCUACCUAUAUCCCACCGUCUUUGGGCCCACCGAGGCCGCGCCGAUCAAAAUGCCAAAAGUACGGAAAUGCUAGAUACGCUUUUUAGCAUGACCUAUUAUGUGCUUUGGGUGUAUCCAAUGUACCUGAUCAGCUUCAUGUUGAAUUCCGUGUGGUAUCAGCGCAUUGCUGACCGCUCUUACCGAGUGCAAGUGGGAAAACCUGUAUCCACUCAGUUCACAUACGAAAGACUCUUGACAACCAUUACAGACGAAGCCUAUCGAGGUCUACUUCUUCUCAACUACCUAAUCCAGUCGAUUGUCAUCUACAUGAUACCAUACGCCGGGCCACCCGCGUGCUUUAUAUGUUUCUGCUGGAUAGCGUCCUUUUACUCAUUUGAAUAUAAAUGGGCCAACAAAGGAUGGUCGCUUAAACAGCGAAUUGACCACUUUGAAGAGCAUUGGGCGUAUUUCAUCGGAUUCGGAUUUCCCUGCACCCUCUUUACAUUCUUCUUCCCUCAAUUCAUAAGUCAAGGUCUUUUUGCAUUACUCUUUCCCAUGUAUAUAAUCAUGUCCAACGGGGCCAAACCACUUCCACGGCCAAACGAGAUCGUUACGACAAAAUACGUACCGCGACGUUUACCGAUAUUCAAGUUUGCUAUAGGAGCUAAUGCAUUUUGUAUCAACCGUUUACUGAAACGUCGUAAAGUGCCUACCCGGCCAAGAGUUGUAAAUAGAGACUAGCGCAGGUUAUAUGCUAUCUUAUAUUCCUUCUCAUGAUUGCAAUGGCGUUUUAACGGAUUUCUUUUUGUCCAUGUGCUUCUCGAUUUAAAUUAAUGGUGAGCAGUUACCAAGUUCAUGAGAUGAAAGUGUGGCAUGUCAUUGGAGAAUCAUUGUAUUCAUCUAUUAGACUAGUGUGUUUUUACAGUUGACAAGCACGCCCUCACUUCAUUUAUCCUUCUUACUGUCCUCCUUCAACGUUACCGUCCGGUUAAGGACGAAUUUCCCAUGUUUCACAUCGGAAUUGGGAUCCACACAAAAGUAGCCCGUUCGCACAGCCUGGAACUUAUCCUCAACCUUGAAUGUGUUGAUGCCGACCUCAGAGAACGCUUCGGGGAUGGUGACAAGCGAGGUCGGAUUCAGGUCGCUCAACCACCCUCCAGGAACAUCUUUCUCGCUUUGCGGGUUCUCGUGUAAAAACAAGUUUG